AUGGAUCCAUCAGGACAUUUCAUCGUUGACGAUGUAAAUGGUAUUGAUUUAUCAAAAUUAACUAUACGAUCAAGGGUAGAUCAACUUACUAUUUCAAGAAGUAGUUCUGCACCACCAGUUGUACCUGAAGAGGAGUUUCAAGGAUUAGAAUCAAUAUCCCCUCAAGACCCAAGAUUAGAUAUAAAUUAUUAUAAUUAUUAUUAUUCACAAAGACCAUUAGACCCACGUUUACCACCACCUUUAAUCACACCAUAUCAAGCAUAUUAUAAAAAUAAUAAUCAACAACAACAGCAACAACAACAUAGUUUUGUUGAUCAAGACUCACAUCAACACCAAUAUUUACCACCACAACAGCAGCAACAACAACAACAUUCACACCCAGUUCAUCAACAACAACAACAACAACAACCACCACAACA